CUCUGUUAGCGGCGCGCGCGGUGGGGAUGGCGGCCUUGCUGAGUUCUGCCGGCCGCCUGCGGUCCCUUUGCGUGCGUCUCCGGCCCCUGCUGCUCCCGCCCGCACCCGCCGCCGCCAGAAAUGUCAUUCACCAAGCAAGGUUCCUUACAGUUGUACCUCAACGUGAAGGAAGUGUUAAAGAAGAACCAGUCUCAGAAAUCCAAAACAGACGGUCAUGGCAGUUUGACUGGGCAUUAAAUAAACUGGAUCAUUCUGUCAGAAAAACUGGCCGUAUCCCUAAAACCCUUCUACUAAAAGUCUUCCAGGAAACGUGCCGAGAGGGGUGUCCAGGGAGUAACCAGACCUUGCUUUUGUUGCGAAGCUGUGGUGCUCUGUUACCGGAGGUGUUGUCAUCUGAAAGAACAGAGCUAGCUCAUAUGAUAUGGGACAAGAUGAAAGAACUGGGUGCUGUCUAUGACACGAGCCACUAUAAUGCUUUACUUAAAGUGUACCUUCAAAAUGAGCAUAAAUUUUCUCCAACUGAGUUCUUGGCCAGAAUGGAGGAAGCUAACGUGCAGCCCAAUCGAGUUACAUACCAAAGGUUGAUUGCUGCUUAUUGCAAUGAGGGUGACAUUGAAGGAGCGAGUAAGAUUCUUGGAUUUAUGAAGAGCAAAGAUCUCCCAAUCACCGAAGCGGUAUUCAGUAGCCUUGUGAAGGGUCAUGCAAGAUCAGGAGAUAUCAAGAGUGCAGAAAAUAUCCUUUCCGUGAUGAGGAUGGCUGGUGUUGAGCCAGGUCCAGACACCUAUUUAUCACUACUGAAUGUGUAUGCUGAAAAGGGUGAUGCUGAUAGCAUCAAGAAGACUCUAGAAGAGGUUGAGAAGACUGAAGGGUACCUUAUGGAUAGAGUUUUGAUGCAGGUGAUUUUUAGCCUUGCCAAAGCUGGAUAUCCUCAGUACAUAGAAGACAUUAAAGAACGCAUGAGAUUUGAAAAGGAGUUAAUUCCAGAUAUGAUGAACCUCUGUUUGACUCUGAUAACUCAUGGCUUCGAAGACAUAAGUUUCCGCAUUUUGAAGUCUUACAAUCAUUUAUCACGUGAAAAUGUGGACCAGGGCAGCUUCUUCUUGCAGCAUUGUGUAAAUAGAAAUAUGCCUAUGAGCAAGUUGAAGCAGUUUUGUAAUGAAUUAAAAGAAGCAAAAAUGCACUCAGCACCAUUGAUAUUUAUUUUGCGUUGUGCUUUGGAGACCAACAAAUCAGGCCUCGCUAUUGAUGUGAUGAGGGCCAUGAAGGAGGAAGGCUUGCCACUCAGACCUCACUAUUGCUGGCCACUGCUGGUUGGGUUCCAGAAAGAGAAGAAUCUUAAAGGUGUCUUUGAGGUCCUCAAAGUGAUGCAUGAGUUGGGGGUGGAACUCAAUGCAGAAACGUACACAGACUAUGUUUUUAAAAAUUUUGCUGAUAUCGAAACUGCCUGCGCCCAGAUGAAGGAAAAUAACUGCCUCUUUGAAACCGAUGGACUCUUUGUAGCACAAAUUAGACAUGAAGCAGGACAUGGAAGACUGAAAAAUGUUGUUUCUCUACUGUCUUCAGCAAGCACACCUUCUAUUGAUUUUCGUCAGUUUAGAAACAGCCUCAUUUUGGGAUUUAGAAGCUCAAAUGAUGUACAGCUUUGGAGCCAGAUAACAGAACUGUUGUACAAGGAUGAACGAUAUUGCCUGACGCCUCCAGGACCAACUGAAGCUGUUGGCUAUUUUCUUUAUCACUUGAUUGACAGCAUGAGUGACUCAGAGGUACAGGCCAAGGAGGAGCGUUUGAGACAAUACUUCCAUCAGCUGAAGAAGAUGAAUGUAGUUAUCCCCGCAACCUACUGCAGCGGCAUUUGCAGACUGCUGGACUCCUCUCAAGUUCCUGAAUUAAUUAAGGAUGUGAGAUCACUAUCUCCUAAAAAAUUCAUGUCUACAGAAGACAUUCCAGACAGUGCUAAAUCUGACGUGUCUGCUUUGGAGAAGAAACUAGAAAAGCGAAAAGCUGAAAACCAGCCUAUUACAGAUGUCUUGAAACAACUCAUAUAUGCUCUUUGUGAAGAAGAGAAUAUGCAAAAAGCCCUUGAAGUGAAAGCCAAAUACGAACCGGACAUGGUUGUCGGUGGCUAUGCAGCCUUAAUAAAUUUGUGCUGUCGACACGAUAAUGUAGAAGAGGCAAUGAACCUGAAAGAAAAAGUCUUCCCUAAGAGCUCACCUGUUGCUCUUGACUCUGGAAAAUACAUAGCACUGGUAGAAGUCUUAGCAAAGCGUGGUAGACUAGAAGAUGCUAUUAACGUUCUAAGAGAGAUGAAAGAGAAGGACGUUCCGAUCUCAGAAAGAGCGGUUGCAUCUUUUUUCCGCCUUCUUAAUGCCGCUGCCAUCCGAGGUGAAGUUGAAACAGUGAAUCGGUUACAUGAGACCAUUGUGAACCUCGGCUUGGCAGAAACUGCUGCCCUUUAUUCCCCUCUGAUUACAGUUCACCUUGAAAAGGAUGACAUGCCUGCUGUUCUGGAAGCUUUAAUGGACUGUUAUAAGAAGCAUGGUAAAAUUCUUCAGCUUCAUAACAUCUACUGUAGACUGAUAGAAAAAGGAGAUACUGAACUCCUGCGAAAAGUUUCAGAUUUUAUAAGCAGCGAAUAUGGUGACAUGAUGGCUCUGUAUGAUCUCUUCUUUGCCUUCUUGCAAACAGGAAAAUACAAAGAGGCCAGGAAGGUUAUUGAGACUCCUGGUUUGAGAGCCCACUCUGGAAGAUUGCAGUGGUUUGCAAAAAGGUGUAUAUCAGGUAAUCAGAUGGAGACUUUGGAGCACUUGGUAGAAUUAACUCAGAAUGUAUUUGAAUGUGAUAGAGAUGAGAUGUACUACUACCUGCUUCAACUUUGUGAUAACAACUCUGACUGGAGAAGAGCUGAAGCUGUUUGGACUAAAAUUCAAGAAGAAAAUGUUGUUCCUCGUGAGAAAACACUAAGAUUACUGGCUGAUAUAUUUGAGAAAAAUGGUCAAGUUGUCCCAUUUGAGGUACCUAAGACUAGACAAGAAGAAAUGAGAAGUCCAGGAUCUUCUGAUAUUGAAGAACGAAAAAUAAGGAUGCUUUGUAAGAAAAACAGUGCAAGAGAGGCCUACAAUGUUUUUCUGAAGAAUCAAGGGAAGAGCGACUACCAGUAUCGUACUUAUGACACCCUCAUAAAAGCGUUGUUAUCUCUGGAUUGUAUUGAAGAAGCCAUGAAAGUGAAGCACACUGCUGAGACCCACAUCAAGGGCUUCACACUGAACAGUGCUGCCAGCAGCCUCCUCAUCAUAUCGCAAGUUAGGCGGGAUUAUUUGAAAGAUGCUGUUGCUGCUUUCCAAGGAAUGCUUGACAGUGGCCUCUUGCCUUCUAGACCAGCAGUUAUUGCACUUACUCAGGCUUUAGCAAUGAAAGGAGAUCUGAGGAACUUAAAAGCACUUGAAAACAUGGUGGAAAGCAUCACACAAUCCAUUGGUUUAUCUCCGUCUCUAAUUUCUAAUGCUAUUGCAUUGGCUCACACGAAUAACAAUGACCUUGAUGCUGCGGUGGAAUACCUUGAGCCUCUGCUUAUCUCUGGUGCACAGAAUCCUGAUCAACCUGUCAAAAAUAUUUCCUUUUUGUUACGAAAGGUGUCUGAGAAAGGAUUAGAGCCAGCUUUGGAAAAAUUUGGCGUGAUGGCAGAACGACUAGCCAAUCAGUUUGGAAUUUACAGACCUGUCACAGAUCUUUUCCUUCAAUAUGUCAGUGCAGACAGAGUGGAUGAUGCCAGAUCUCUACUACAGAGGUGUGGUGGAUUAGUUGAGGAGAAGAGAGCUUUUGUGAAUUACAUGACGAAAGCAGCAUCUAAGCCUGGACAGGCAAGGAAGAUCGAGAAGCUUCUAGAACUGAUUCCUGACAGCAUAGAUUUGGAAACUGCAUACCGUCACCUCAUAAGAUGUUAUGAAUUAGAUGGGGACGUUGCUUCUGUAAAGGCUGUGUAUGAGAAAACGAAAGAAAAGAAUAUACAGCUGCCUGAGCUAUCUCUGAAAUCUCUAGCAGCUUUUCUGAAGAAAGCAGGAGAGCCUGUCCCUUUCACUGAGCCCCCUGAGUCAUUCAAAUUCUAUGUGGAAGAAUGGAGGAAAAGAAGAUUGGAAGCAUCAUAAGCAGUCUUUUAUGCUUUAGUUGUUUAUGAAAUUAAGUAUUAUAUUCAAUAAAAACUCAAAAAAAAAAAAAGCAUGCUGUUCUGUGUAAUUUUUAAUAUAAAUCUGUGUUAAAACAGUGCUUUCUAUAGCUGUAACCAAUAGAAACUCAUUAAUAGAAAUGCUUUUCUCAUGUUAAAAUUGCUAAUGAAAUAUCAUUACGCUGCUUUCUGGGCUACUUCUAAUUUGAUGUGUGUUUGACUACAACUUGAACUGUAUUUUGGCUACUGUUGACUCACCAAAUAUAUGUAUAUCAAGAAAGUUGCCAUAGAGGUAUGCAACUGUAACUUCAAUUAACUGUGUUAUACUUUGUUGUUGUUUGCCUGGUCAAUACUUUGUAGUUGGAAGUGAAAGUGGAAGACUAAAUAACGUCAUCUUCUGGAUUCAUCUGUAUCUGUACAGAAAAUAAACACAUCUUUUUUUUUUAGA